AUGGAAGAACAGGCACAGCCCAAAUGGCGAGGCAAGUCCUCUGCUGAGGUGAAUGGCCAUGCAGCACAAGAGGUGUGGCCUCUCUUGGCUGAUUUCUGCAACCUACACAAAGUAUUCCCCAAAGUCGAGACAUGUUACCAACUAGAGGGAAUCGCCGGCCAAACUGGUCUAGUUCGAUACUGCGCCGGAUUUGCGAGCAAUCGUGACGAGUCGACCAUCAAGUGGGCCAAAGAGAGGCUACUGAUGAUCGACCCAAUCAAACGGUGCUUAAGCUACGAGGUCAUUGAUAGUAACAUGGGGUUUAAGUCAUACGUAGCAAUAAUGCAUGUAGUCCCGAUAAACGACGAUGGUUCCAUGAUCGAGUGGUCAUUUGUUUGUGAUCCGACCGAGGGCAGGAAAAUGGAAGACGUUCAAUCCUUUGGUGAAUCUUCUCUUCAAUCUAUAGCAAAGAAGAUCGAGCAUGUUCUUACCAUUUGA